AUGACGUAUAAAUAGAAGAUUGGCUUCUUCAUGGUGUUGUUUGCAUUUCUCAAACACAACUCCUUUGCGUCGGUUGCUACUUUCUACAGCGCACAAGUUCACCAGUUUCAAUAGAGAAACAUGGCGCACUCACCCACUCCAACCGUGGGGUUCUUGAUGUUAAUCGCGUCGUUAAUUGUUGGCGGUGCUAUUUCAGGUUCGCUAGCUCAACGCAGAUUUGGUGCCCGAGGAAACAUGGCCGGUGGCUACUCAUCGGUCGAUGUCGAUGAUGAUCUCGUCAAGGAAAUGGCUAAUUUUGCCACCACUGCCCUAUCAGAAAGCAGCAACUCGGAGCCAUUCGCGUUGAUUAAAAUAGUGAAAGCCGAAUGGCAAAUCGUGGCCGGUAAGAACUUCAAACUCAUUUUAGAGUUGGACAACGUACGCCAUGCCAGCGAAGACGAAAAUCUUGUCUGCGAGGUGAUCGUAUUCGAUCAAUCGUGGACCAACACUCGUCAAUUAAGAAAAUCUAAUUGCUUACCAACACGAGUCAUCCAUUCCUGGACCAAAACCAGGGAACUGGCCGAAUCUAAUGGCCCAAAUGAAAUGACGCCAGUCGUGGAGGAAGUGAUCGUUGAAACUCGAGCACCGGUUGUAGGUGGUUACUCGAAGAUUGACGUAAAGCACACCAACGUUAAAGAAAUAGCUGAUUUUGCCACAAGUAGCAUAUCGGAGAGUAGCAACUCAGGACCUUUGGUGCUACUCAACAUCGUAGAAGCAGAAGUACAAGUUGUUGCCGGCCGAAACUACAAGCUAACUCUGGAGCUGGGCAGUGCGAUUGACGGAGCAACGGGGUCAAAUCUCGUGUGCAAAGUGGUCGUUUUUGACCAAUCGUGGACCAGCAGACGCCAUCUGCGAGAAUCCCAUUGUUUACCUUCCACAGAUCUCGUUACGGAAAUCAUGCGAGCAAUCGAUGGACACCAAGAAUUGUGGAGAGUUGCCAGUUAUCUUAACGAGUCUCGCGAAGAGCUAUCGAAAGAAUUCCCUCUAGUCAGCCCAGAUGGCGUCAAGUUGAGCUACACGUUCUUUGCUCCAACAUCGUUUGCCUUCCUGAUGCAAACGCCGCAGGAUGUUGGCGACCCACUCCUAAUGGACUCUGAUUUCCGUCGAUCGAUCCUCACUCGUCACCUGUCUGCUUCGUUAAUUUCAUCUGAUGAUCUGGCUAAAUUGGACUUGGUUGUUAUGGCUUCCAGAUCGGCCACACUGACCAGAAGGAGCACCAAUGAAGAUUGCAAUCUUCCACCAGCCAACACCGAAAAUGGCGAAUGUGAAGCUUACAUUCCAUCUUGGACGUUCAAAUCGAAUUCGGGCACAUGCGAGAGCUACGUGUACGGUGGAUGUGGUCAAACAGCAAAUCUAUUCGAAACGGAAGAGGCUUGCCAAGCCGCAUGUGAUCCAGCUGUUCAUCCUUUAACGAAUUUGAUCAAUGAAGCAGAAAUCCAGUCGGUUGCCAUUCCAUUGGCACACGAUUUUGGAACAGUGUACGUCAUCAAUCGAGUAUUCAUGGAUGGCGACGAAGUGAGCGAGGUCCUACGAAAAAACCCAAGCCCCGGAUACGGUUUUUUCGGUUUACCUUUGGAAGGAAAUCCAUUGAUUCCCAAUGAAAAUAUCCUUGGCAGGAUCACUGGCGGAUAUUCCUCCAACAACGUAGAUGAUCCUGAAAUCAAGGAGAUCGCUGACUUUGCCGUGGCUGCCAUGUCCGUCAAUUUGGGAUCUGUUAGACUCGUCAGGAUUUUAAAGGCUGACACAAAUACUGUGGCCGGCAAAAACUUUAAUUUGAUUCUUGAGCUUAAGCGAGUUGUGCAAGGAGAUGACGGCCAAGAUCUGCUUUGCGAUGCGGUCGUCUUCGAUCAACCGUGGACCAACACCCGAAAACUGAGCGAGUCUAGCUGCUUGUCAGUCAAAACAAUCGCUUCGUGGAACGAGGUAAACAAACAGCCCGCAUCGGAGCCAGAAUCAAACUGUUUGCAGAUGAAAGAUCCAGUCAGUAACGAUGAACAAGUUACCACCGAAGAUCCAGUGUGAAUGCAGUAAAUAAAACAAGUCAAAUACAAGAGUUAUUUUCUUUGA